UGAAAAAGUUGUAGCAACUUCCUUCCUUUCUUGUACAUAUCCAACUCGCACCUUCCCCCGACUCGUCUCCCCCACCCUCAACACCAUUCAUCAUGCCGACCGGCGCGCGAGACAUCCCCCACCACAAACGCAACGGCUCCUCCUCCAUCGACGACACCCUCCACCGCACCGUCUCCAACUCCUUCGACCUCGUCACCAACCUCUCGACCAGCCCGACAGCCACCUUCCACGCCUCGCCCCCAGGGGUCUCCGGCCGGCCUAGCGCCUCCGCCAAACAGCUCAAACCCUUCCACACCACCGACGUCAAGGUCUUGCUGCUGGAAAACGUCAACCAGACCGGCCAGGCCAUCCUCAAGCAGCAAGGCUACCAGGUCGAGGCGCUGAAGAGCUCGCUGCCCGAAGACCAGCUUAUUGCCAAAAUCGCCGAUGUGCAUGUCAUUGGCAUCCGCUCCAAGACGCACCUCAGCGCCAACGUCCUGAAGCACGCGAAGAAUUUGAUCGUCAUCGGUUGCUUUUGCAUCGGCACGAACCAAGUUGAUCUGAAGUAUGCAGCGCAGAAUGGCAUCUGUGUGUUCAAUUCGCCCUUCAGCAACUCGCGCUCCGUCGCAGAGUUGAUGAUUGGAGAGAUUAUCGCGCUGGCAAGGCAGUUCAGCGACAGGAGCUUGGAGUUGCACCGGGGGGUGUGGAACAAAGUGUCGGCGGGCUGCUGGGAAGUGCGAGGCAAGACGUUGGGAAUUGUUGGAUACGGACAUGUUGGCAGCCAGCUGUCAGUUCUUGCUGAAUCCAUGGGCAUGCACGUCAUCUACUAUGACGUGAACAACCUCAUGGGGUUAGGAACGGCCAGACAAGUGCCAACGCUCGACGACCUGCUCAAGGGAUCCGACUUUGUUACAUUGCACGUUCCCGAACUGCCAGACACACGGAAUAUGAUCUCCACCCCACAAUUGGCGACGAUGCGGAAUGGCGCAUACCUUCUCAACGCAUCCCGCGGCAGCGUCGUCGACAUCCCUGCCCUCAUUACUGCGAUGAAGAGCGGUAAGAUCGCGGGCGCAGCGCUCGACGUCUUCCCCAACGAGCCGGGCAGCAACGGCGAUGGCUUCCACAACCAGCUCAACGACUUUACCGAAGAGCUGCGCACUUUGAAGAACAUCAUCCUGACGCCUCACAUCGGCGGCUCGACGGAAGAAGCGCAAUCGGCCAUUGGCGUGGAGGUCAGCACGGCGCUGGUCAAUUACGUCAAUUUCGGCAGCACGCUGCAGGCCGUCAACAUGCCCGAGGUCAGCCUCCGCUCGCUCACCCUCGACGAGCCCAACCACCUGCGUGUCAUUUACAUCCACAAGAACGUGCCGGGUGUGCUGCGCAGGGUGAACGACAUUCUGUCCGAUCACAACGUUGACAAGCAGAUGACGGACUCGCGUGGGGACGUGGCGUAUCUCAUGGCUGAUAUUUCCGACGUCAAUGUGAGCGAGAUCAAGUCUUUGUACCAGAGUUUGGAGGAUUUGGGCAGCCGGAUACGGACGAGGGUGUUGUAUUGAAUGGGUAAAUUGGCGUUGGAAUAGAGGCAAUGCUACCUUGGAGGAGUAGAGCAAUAUACCCGCAUUCAACACGGAGGUCAAUGGCCGGCAGAAUCUUUUCGCUUGUUGAUUCUACUGGGAGCGGUCGAGUAGAGCGGCUGAAGAUGGCAGGCCAUGCGGAUGAGUUGCCUCGCCCAACUGCCGAGGACUUUGACACAACGACAGCUUAAGACCAACCUCCCCGGCUCCCGGGUUUUCGCAGUAACAUAGACUCAGAGCUGC